UAAGUCGGUUUAGUUCUCAGUUGACUUUCAGCAGUGCCUCAAAAUGCUUGGAAGGCUUGUUGUGAUCUCGUUUUUACUAUUCUCCCUUGCAAUCGAAGUGCAAUUGGAGAAGUUGGAGGAGCCCGAGUGCGGAUUUUUCGACGAAGUGCAGAUGGUGGCGCCCGAAGCCAUUCCGUCCGAGCAUCAGUGGGUUGUGCGGAUUGUGGUUGUCGAUAAGGGGGCUUUGGAUAACACCUGUCUGGGUGUGCUAGUAUCGAAGCGCACUGUUUUGGCCCCCGCCCACUGUUUUGUGAAGUUCAACAGGGAUGCCAAGGCAUUCUCCGUGCAUCUGGGUGUCCACAACAAGAGUGCUCCCGUCGGAGUGCCGUUCUGCUUUAGCAACGGAUAUUGUGUGCGGCCUGCGCAGGAGAUUCGACUGUCCGAGGUGGCCGUUCAUCCGGAGUUCGAUCCCAAGACGUUGCAAAACAAUCUGGCUGUUCUAACGCUGCAGCAGGACGCCAAGUUGGGUCAGAACGUGAUGCCCAUCUGCAUGCCGCCUCCCCAGUUGGCCAACGAGACGCUUGUAGGUCAGACUUUUGUGGUGGCUGGGCUGAGCUAUUGGAAGGACUUGAAGCAAAAGACCUGGGUGACGACGCACAGUCGCUCCUUCUGCCAGUCGAGGAACAACAAGCUUUUGACCGGCAGCAAUACGCUGUGUGGCUACCACACCCGAGCGGAGGGAUUUUACUACGGGGCACCGCUGGUGGGGAUGCAGGUCAAGGGGCACGUCACCCAAAAUUACUAUCUGGUCGGGUUUCAGAUCGACAUCAAGUGGGACAACAAACGCAUGUUGGCCAGCUUUCUGGCUAUCCGGAACUACCUAGACUUUAUUCACAAGAAUUCCGACUCACUGAUAGUUCGACCGUGAGAUGAAUUUUAAUAACAUAAGAGAAAGACUAUUCGAAAUAAAUGUUAACAGUACAAUUAAAUA